UACAUGUGGUCCACUGAGUGAGAGCUGCAGAGGCACAGAGGAGCGCAGAGCCAGUCCACUGCAUCGAUACGAAACUUUACAUCAGAUAACAUGAGGCCAGGGUUCAGUCCUCGUGGGGACAGAGGAGGAAGAGGACGAGGGGGAGGUAGAGGAGGAUUCGGUGACAGGGGAGGACGAGGAGGAGGAGGAGGAGGAUUCAGAGGAGGAAGAGGUGGUGGAUUCAAAUCUCCAGAUCGUGGAGGAUUUCGGGGCCGAGGGGGCGGCCGAGGCACCCCUCGAGGCAGAGGAGGGAGGGGUGGUGGCAGAGGAGGCUUUGGGGGAGGGAAGAAGGUCUUGGUAGAGCCACACAGACAUGAAGGAGUGUUCAUCUGCAGAGGGAAGGAGGAUGCCCUGGUGACCAAGAACAUGGUGGUGGGAGAGUCCGUGUACGGGGAGAAGAGGAUCAGUGUGGAGGAAGGAGAGGCUAAGAUUGAAUACAGAGCCUGGAAUCCAUUCCGCUCCAAGCUGGCAGCAGCCAUUUUGGGAGGAGUCGACCAGAUCCACAUCAAACCCGGAGCGAAGGUCAUGUACCUGGGAGCUGCUUCUGGAACCACAGUGUCCCACGUCUCUGACAUUGUUGGACCUGAAGGGCUGGUGUACGCUGUGGAGUUUUCUCAUCGGUCAGGUCGCGAUCUUCUCAAUGUGGCAAAGAAGCGCACAAACAUCAUUCCAAUCAUUGAAGAUGCUCGCCACCCACACAAAUAUCGCAUGCUGGUUGGUAUGGUGGAUGUUAUUUUUGCUGAUGUUGCCCAGCCUGACCAGACAAGGAUUGUUGCUUUGAACGCUCACAACUUCCUGAAGAAUGGAGGACACUUUGUUAUCUCCAUCAAGGCUAACUGCAUAGACUCGACGGCGGCUGCAGAGGCAGUGUUUGCCUCAGAAGUGAAGAAGAUGAGUGCUGAGAACAUGAAACCUCAGGAACAGCUCACACUGGAGCCUUAUGAGAGAGACCACGCUGUGGUGGUUGGUGUUUACAGACCUCCACCUAAACAGAAGAAAUGAGGAGCAGAAGACGACUCAGGGAUUACCAUGUUCAACCACCAUCUACUUUUUGUACUUUCAGUCUUGUCCAUUGCCCUCCUCUCCAGCUCCGCCUGCGUGUCAUGAAAUCAUGACUAGCAAUCAGGGUAACAGUCGGCUGGUUUUCUUUUUCUCUUAAUCCCCUGACAGUAAACUGACCAAACAACCAGCUGCUGGAGACUUAAUUGGGAGAAGACUCCAAAACAGUUGGGGGCCAUUUCAUCCACAGGUUGUCAUCUGAGUUGGUUAGUUAUGUUUCAGCCAUGUUAACAUCUGUUAUACACAAGUGAUGCAUAUAUCCAAGUGAUUGUCAGCUCUGUAUUUCUGUGCAUCCACACACCAAAAAGAAAGAAAAGAAAUGAGUGAUUAAGAGAAAAAUGUCCAGCCUCGUCUCACAUGUUCUCAGCCUUAAAGUGAGCUGUGAGGGUUCUUUUUUAGUUCACAUGCCUUUUUUGUGAACAAGUUACUUUGUACCCCGAGGAGUACUUCAGAUGAGAAACUGCUCAUGUACAAAGCUUUAUUCAAAAAUGUGCAUGCAGUUAUGCAUGUUUAAAGAACUAUGACGUGAUUUAAUUUUGGCUCCAGUGAAGUUUUUUUUGUUUGGCAAGUACUUUUAUUUCAAUAUUUUAUUGUUUCUCUGUGCUCCUGAUCCUUUUCUUACUGGAUGAAAUUUUUUCAUGUGUUUUUCUGGUCCCCUGUUCCUGACUUUCUUUAUCAGGGUGCUUGUUUAAGAUGGCACCGUCCCACACCGGCCGGGACACCCCAACUAUAUCCACACACCAUCAGCUUCAGAUGGCUUGUAUUUUAAAUGUAUAGUAAGUUAUCUGUUGGGACUUCUGUUCAGUAAAAUAUACUUUUUUAAUGCUUUGUGUACUCUGUACAAUACCCACACUUUGUGGGUACGGAAGCCUUGAUGCUGAUCUGUUUAGUGGUGAGCUGGUAAACUUGACCCUGUGUGUACAGACAUAUAUAGAUGGUGACUUUUUCACUGACUUGUAACUUGAUAGUAGUAUAGGUUUUGUGUUGGCAGAAUAUAUACCAAAAUGGUUGUAAUUUGCAAAUGAUGUCUGUUUUUGACAUAACUGAAACUUUGUUUUAAUAAAAUGUUUAUGAUUCUUG